UUAAGUCAAGCCAUGAUCAAAGAGAAAGGAUGAAAGAUAUUUCCAGAGAAUGUGCUCUGAAAGCUAUUGAACAGAAAAAUGCACUUUCUUCUCAACGGAGAGAUUUAGAAAAGGGACAAAGGAAAGAUCCAGGCCGACAAAGGGAUUUGGUUGAUGAAGAUUUUUCACCUUUCAAGUCUGGAUCACCUCCUGCCCCAGAUGGCUUUAGACAACAAGGGAACCCUCAUCUCUACCAUAGCCAAGGCAAAGGACCCUAUAAACAUGACCGAGCUGCCCAGGAGAGCCACACCUCUGGAAAAAUGAUAAGUUCAAGCAAAUCCCAGAAUCUUUUUGUUUCUGGAGAGAAAACAACAGGCAAAGCUAAGAGUGACAAUGGCACUGGCUAUGACACAGACAGCAGCCAGGAUUCAAGGGACAAAGGAGGCGGCUGCAGUAGUAGGGCUAAAAGCCGCCACCGUGCUUGGAAACCGAUGAGAGAAACAUUAAAUGUUGAUAGUGUUUUUAGCGAAAGUGAAAAAAAGCAACAUAGUCCAAGGCGUAAGUCAGAUAUCAGUAACAGACCUAAAUGUAGCAAGGAGCAGAGUUUUAAUAAUUGGACAAAAGCGAACCCAAAGCAAAAAGGGUUAAUGACCAUCUAUGAAGAUGAAAUGAAGCAGGAGGCAGGAAACAGAAGUUCCCUCGAAACUAAUGGAAAAGGAGCAGAGAAAAGUACUGGCACCACAGAGAGCAGAGGUCCUGGUAACAGCUGGCAGAUGCAAAGGACAGAGUCUGGGUAUGAAAGCAGCGAUCAUGUCAGUAACGGAUCUGCUAAUUUGGACUCGCCUGUUAUUGAUGGAAGUGGAGCAGCGGUGGAUAUCAGUGGAGGUAAAGCCUUCAGUGAGCAGGUUAAGAUGAGCGAUCGCAAUGCAGACAGUGCGGAGUGCAUAUCUCACCAGAGCAGAGACCUCCUAGAAGGUGUUCAAAAAGCAGCCCAGGCCUUGGAAGCAGGUGAUAAACAUCUCGAGCUUCACUCAGAAUCACAUGUGCAAAUAAAAAGCCAUUUGAUAAAAAGGUCACAUAUCGGUGAAACCAAUGACAAAUUAUUUCCUUCAACCAGCCCACAAACGCUUAAGGACCAUAUUGCAAGAGAAAGUGUCUACCAGGCAAAUGAACAGAAAGUGGAAAAAACAAAUGAGGCUAAGUUUUCUGAGUGGUGUAAUACAGAAGAUCCUGAAGGAACAGGCUUGCCAUUUCAUGUUGAUGACAGUUCUGUGGCUGGGAAGAGAGUCAGCAGCAAUGAAACAGUCUUACCAUCAUCUUCAUUGUCUUCACAUGUGAGAACUGCUGGACUAAAGCCUGAAACUGGACCCCUCAUAUUCUGGCCACAGCAAAACAUCACAGAACAGUGUUACUCUGAGAACUCUCUAUCCAGAGAACAUAAGCCUCAGUCAGCCUGCAAUACUGAUAGUUGUCAGAUGCCAAAACUUCACUGCCACCGUUCACCACCCCCUUUGCCACCAAAGAAAUACUCUACAACCAGUGUGCCACAGGUAGAGAGAGCUGGAUUUAUACCUGGUGUCAGACUUACAGAAGCAUGUAAUGCUAAUUCUUCCAGUUUUCCAAAACACAGCUUGAGUACAGCCUCAGGAACAAGUUUAGAAGGGAGUGUGUACAUGAUCCACGAGAGAGAUAAAGAAACUAUUCCAGUGAAGCAGCAUGCUGCCAACAGCUACCCCUCCAACUGUUCAUCUGAUUCCCAGGCAAACUCAAAAGCUGUAGUCGGUGCAUUCUGCCAACCAGAUCAAGACUCUAGUUCUGUGUGCCCAAAUGAAACAAUUUCAUUGACUACCUAUUUCUCAGUUGAUAGUUGCAUGACUGAUACAUACAGACUGAAGUACCAUCAGAGACCCAAGCUCUGUUUUCCAGAGAGCAGUGGCCAUUGUAAUAAUAACUCACUAUUUCAGACUGAGCAAGUAGAGGGAUCCAUUACAUAAUGGUCAUCUUGGUUCACCCUGCCCUUCUGAACAAAGAUACAAACCCUGGAAUGCAUUGUAAGAUAAAUGCGUCAGCCAUUAGAAAUACCAACUGACCAAAUCUAAGGAUAUGUAAGACAAAAACUUGUAUUGUGAAAAUCAGUCAGGUUAAUCUGAUAAAUUUUUAUGAUCAAUUUAUUCAAUACUUUAGAAAUUUCCUUUCAGUAGUCUUGGUAUACCUUGAAAAGUAAGGGAGUAUGUAAUUUAAUUUAUUUGUAUGUAACAGUUGAGCAAACACCAUGCCUCCUGUUAAUUUGGCUGUAGAUGUGUAAUUAUCAUACUAACUAGUAUUUAAUGUUGGCUGGUGCAUUUUGCUAAUUAAGAAAUGCAGUGUGUCUAGGGAAAGCAGUAUUUGCUUUUAACAGAGCACUUUCUGGUGGGUAACCAAAGAUGGCUCUACUCACAUGCUUUUGACUUCUGUGAUAGUCCAGUACAUAUGAUCAUUCAAGUGUCUUAAAACUGCCCAUGGAUUUCUUAUGUUACCAUCUGAAAAGCAUUUGCCUUAAUGAUCAAAAAAUUUUUAAUUAAAAUCUCAAGGUCAUAAAAUUUAUUUUGUUCCUAGAACUUUUCAGAAUAUCUACUUAACAUAAAUUAACCUUUGUAAUUUGUACUCAAAUAUCUCAGUCAUAUAAGUUAAAAGUAAAAAAUAUGGUAGUAUAUUAUUUAUCUUGUUAUGUUAAAUUGUUUUAUAGCUUUAUAUGAAAUGUGAAAAGUCUUCCCUUUGGUUUGAUUUACUUUAGGCUGCUAAUAACCAGUGUUACAAAUUGACAUUGGACUUUCUUAUUGGGACUGUCACUACUGCUUUGAUCACUUAAAGAUUGCUAACGAUUAUCAGUGUUUUUACUGUUGAGGCUUCCAGAUUAAAUUUCUGCCUUUAUAUAAAGGUUUAAUGUUAAUGAAAUGUCAUUCUUUUUUUUUUUUUUUCUCUUAAAUAGUAACUAUCUCCACUACCAUCAAGAGUGGAGUUUAAUUAUACUAAAAGGGAUUUUAUUAUUAUGUUGAAAGUAAAUUGGCUGAAUUGCCUUAUUAUGAUUUUAUUUUUAACAUUUAUAAUAUCUUUAAAUGGGCAAGGUUCAUAAUCAUGACUUUAAAAAUCAGUAGCUUGACAAGGCCCAUAAAUUGUUAAAAACCCAAAGUGUAUUUAAGAAAAGUACUUUGAGAUAAACUGAAACUUGAUUAUAAAAGUCUGAAUUCACACUGUUAUCAGUUCUUGGCCAAAUAUUGUUUUUAUUGUUCUUUUAUAGCAUAAUAGUUGGUGAUCAUUACUUUAUAGUCUCUUCAGGAACACUUGAAUAUCAAAGUUAAAAUUUAUCCUUAAAGCUUAUUUUUUAACAGCUUUUAAUAUGGAGAGUUUGUAAAUAAUGUAAAGUUUGUAAAGUUGUAUUUGAAAUGUCAGUGUUUAUAGUUCUUGCUUUUAUAACAUUGUAAAAUACUAGAAAAGAGCUUGUUAUUUUUAAUAGCUUUUAAAAAGUUUUUUAAGUUAAAAAAAUCUAUUUGGUCCAUAUUUCCUGUUGGGAAUGUAUUAUUUGACAUUAAACUAAUUUCUGAAUUUUACAGCAGUUUCAUAGAUGUCACCUUUUCAACUCAGUUGAGUUUGCAAACAGAAAUGUCAUUUCUUAUUUUAAUACACUACUCAGUUAAAACCCUCUGUAUUAUAUAAUAUUGACUGAAGUAGAAACUGAUCAUUUGUUGAUUCAACACAGAAUAGAUUCAGUAUUUAUUGGCUAAUUGUGUAAAUUUCUUCUUCUCUGGUGCCUAGUUUUAACCAAUAUUUCCUUGUUAUAAGCUUGUAGCUUCUUAAUGUAAUCAUGUUUCAAAUAGUUAUCUCCAGAAUAUUAUAUUUUCAUGUGAAAUCAAUUUCUUCUGGCUCAAAACAAAAUUGAGAAAUUUAAUUUCUUUGCAUUUAUGGACUGUGGUCUCCUUCCACAUAUCACACAAAUAAUGGGAAACAUUUAAAAAAAAUUUAAAGAUCACAAAAUGUUAGCCCAGGAUGUUCCUAAAAUUUAAAUCCCAAAGUCAGAACCACAGCUCUUAGAGAAACUGGCAACUGUUCUAUAGAUGGCAAGAUGUCAAUGAUUUAGACCAUGAAUAGAAAAUCCUGGAACAACUACACAGCUUUUUGGGUUGAAAACAGCCUUACACAAUUUGUAAUGGGUGCAUAGGACUGUUUUUCAAUAAAACUUUAUGAACAUCAAA